AUGGCGACCGAUUUCCCUCCUCUCAAGAACGAUCUCAUACUGCGCGCUGCUCGUGGCGAGGAGACCGAACGCGCUCCGGUAUGGGUUAUGAGGCAGGCGGGGCGUUACCUUCCUGAAUUCCGGGCAGUACGCGCGGAACAUGAGUUCUUUGAAGUAUGCCGCACCCCGGAACUCGCGAUGGAAGUCACCCUCCAGCCCAUCCGACGCUACUCUGGCCUGGUCGAUGCGUCGAUUAUUUUCAGUGACAUCCUGGUGAUCCCGCAGGCGUUGGGAAUGGAAGUACAGAUGAACCCCGGGCCCCAUUUCCCGGAGCCGCUCAACACCCCCGCCGACAUCGCAAAAUUACGGGAGAAGGUGGACGUGAACAAGGAAUUGGGCUACGUGUUCGAAGCGAUCACCGCGACCAGGAAGGGGCUACAGGGUGAAGCUCCCCUAUUUGGCUUUUGCGGUGCCCCUUGGACGCUCUUCGGGUACAUGGUCGAGGGCGGAGGCAGCAAGACCUACACGAAAACGAAGAGUUGGAUAUUCAAGUAUCCAGAGGAGACGAAGUCGCUGCUCCUGCGCAUUGCCGACGUUUGUGCCGACUUCCUGGUUGGUCAGGCCAGAGCCGGCGCACAGCUUCUCCAAGUGUUCGAUUCGAACGCGAACGAACUCGCUCCACACAACUUCAUCGAAUUUUCCCUCCCGACCAUCCAACACAUCUCCAAGACCGUCCGAGCUAAACUCGCGGCGGAGAACAUUCCGACCCCGCCGCUGGUUCUCUUCGCCAAAGGAGCGAACUGGGCCCUUCCCCUUCUGGCCGAUGAGGCCGGCUACGACGUCCUUGGUAUCGACUGGUGUAUCGACCCGGCCGAGGCUCGCAAGCAGGUUGGCGACAAGGUUGCCCUGCAGGGUAAUCUGGAUCCUAACGUGCUAUACGGUGGGAAGGAUGCGAUCGAAAGGGAAACGAAGCGCAUGUGCGAGGCUUUCAAGGGCGGCAAAAAGCCCAAGGGAUGGAUCUGCAACCUUGGUCAUGGGAUUACGCCUGGUGUCGACCCCGACGAUCUCAAAUGGUUCUUCGAAUGCGUGCAGAAAUACUCAUCAUAG